UUUAGUCUUAAUCCCUUCCGCCUCGGGCAAACUUCUGUUGCCAAUCUAUGGAGGAGAGCCUUUCUCCUCCACAACCAGUCUGUCCUCCUCUGUUCCUCCAAAUCCCCAUUAUUCCACCAAACUUAUCGCUUCCACUUUCCGGCUGAUCUCCGAUCCUUUCUCCAUUUUUCCGACGACGACAACGACGACCACCACCACCACAAUCGAAGAAGAAGAAGAAGAAGAAGAGUGAUAAUCAUUUUCCUUCAACAUCGGCCGUCAAAUUAGUUCACCUGAAUAAAAAUCGAAUCUUGCUAUGAGUUUACGAACUGAAGCUCCCUGGAUGCCUACAUGAUCGAUAGCAUCUUCCACAAAUCAAUUCAUGGAUCAGGUAUGCCGACCUCAAUGUAGGAUUUGAACAUUUAGGUUUUUUUUCCCCCAAAAACAGAGGAAAAUUUUGGAAUGGCAGAGACCAUAUAUGAUAUCUCUGCUGGCUUCUCUUCUUUCUCUCAAAUCCCCAAAUUCGAGGUCAUCAGUUCGAUGAUGAUGAUGAUAACAACCCUUGCAUAAAAAAGAAAAAAAAAAAAAAAAAACUAGACAAUGUACACUCAACAACGUCCUCAAAAGUUACGUCGAGCUUCAGGAGAGAAAUACACAGAUGAUCCAAUUACGAACAAGUCCGCCACACAAUGCACGGUUAUGUGUGUGUAUCGAACCAAAAUUGCUGGUUUGUGUCGUUUUGUUACUGUUCUAUGGUGCAAGAAUCUCCUCAACGUUUCUGUAAACAUCUCAGUAGACAAUCCUGGAAAUGAAAAUCCAUACACUUGCAAAAUUGAUCUCAAGCCAUGGCUUUUCUGGAGCAAAAAAGGGUUUAAAUCCUUCACGGUGGGUGGAAAACGAGUGGAUGUCUUCUGGGAUCUCCGUUCUGCAAAAUUUUCACUUAGCCCUGAACCAAGUGGAGACUACUACGUCGCUUUGGUCUCCGAUGAAGAGGUUGUGUUGUUAUUGGGAGAGUGUAAGAAUGAAGCUUAUAAGAGAACCAAGUCAAGACCUUCAUCUAUAGAAGCCGUAUUAAUGUGCAAGAAAGAGAAUGUAAUCGGUAAGAAAAGCUUUAUCACAAAAACCAAGUUUGAUGAGAAGGAAAAAGAAUAUGAAAUCGUGGUUGAGAACUCUAUAUCUGGGCUUAAAGAUCCUGAAAUGUGGAUUAGUAUAGAUGGGAUAGUAUUGAUACAUAUAAAAAACCUGCAAUGGAAAUUCAGAGGAAACCAAACAGUGUAUGUGAAUAAGAUCCCACUACAGGUCUUCUGGGAUGUGCAUGAUUGGUUGUUUAGUAGCCAUGGCCUAGGACAUGGCAUAUUCUUAUUCAAGCCAGGUCCACAGGAAUAUGUAUCGGACGUCGAGAAGGAAGGUAGUAGCCGCAGCGGCGAUGGAGACAGUACCACUUACUCCACGCAGAGUCGUUCGACGUCGCCGGAUUUUUGCCUUUACCUAUAUGCAUGGAAGCUUGGAUGAGAUAAGGGUUUGGUUGGUUGGUUGGGCAAUUUGGAAGUUUGGCCUGGGGAAGAAAGGAGAGUAACUUAUGCUUAUAGCUCUUUUGGAUUUUUGAGGCUUAGUAUGAGGAUCAUCAACAAAGUUUAUACUGCGAGAGGCCUGAGACUAACAUUGUCUUGUUUUGAUCCAGAAAAAAGAAAGGAUUAUUCUUGUAGAUCAGUUAGUUUUAUUAUUGUGUAACUUCUAAUUCAGAAUUUUUGAUGAGGUUCAUCUAUGCAGUGUGUAUGUAUUCAUCUGUACCUUGUAAGCUGUAACCUGAUCACAAAAACUUUUCCCUUUUUUUUUAUUGGAAGCAAAACAGAUAAAGGAAAAAAAAAACAUGUCUAUAGUACCA